AUGGCCAAUCCAGUCGCAAGUUUUAAACUCUUAAAUGUAACUAUUUCAUCUGUUCAACAAUCAUUGUGUAACCCGAGUGAAAGAUAAACUGACAUUUAGUCGACCUGAAAAGUCAAUUCUUUGUCAAGCCAAAAUGAUAGGCCACCAUUUUUAGUGAAUGGAAGAUACUGAGUUUGAAUCCUUCUUGGUAACCCAAAAAAUCCAGUCAAAAUAAUAAUCCAUCACUCCAUCAAUUGCUCUGUUCACCAGAUGACAGGUGAACUGAAAAAUAAUAAUUCAAUGGGUUCUGCAAUUGUAUUUUGUAGUAAAUGACAGUUGAGAGAAAAUCAAAACGAGUAAAAAGAGCAUGUCAGUGACACAUCUAUUAAGGAUUCAGAAGAAUCAGCAAAACAUUAUUAUACAGCUUAUUGUCCACUUUCAGUAUGCCAGGACGAACUUCUCCUCCAAUGUACUCACUUUGCAACAAGGAGCAGUAAACAAUAACAUUGAAACCUCAAACUCCAUUUGUGAGAAAGUGCAAAUACUUUGCAGGCAGGGCCUACUGAAAGAGGCAUUGGAUGUUCUCCACGUUACUGACCAGAAACAUCUCAGGCUAAGUACCUGCACAUAUACAUCCCUUCUACAAGAAUGUCUUAACAAGAAAUCCUGGGCAGAUGCAAAAAGAGUCCAUGCCCACAUAAGUCAAACAAGAUUUGGUACGGAUUUGAAUUUGGGUAACAAACUUGUAGUUUUGUAUGCUCAGCUUGGCAGCGUGCAAGAUGCUCGACAUGUUUUGGAUAAAAUGCAGGUGAAAAAUGUGGCUUCUUGGACUUCCUUGAUUCAGGCUUAUUCAAAGCAUGGCAAUGAUGGAGAGGCCUUGUCAAUGUUUUGUGAAAUGCAAGGGAAUGGGAUUCAGCCUGAUCACUUUACCUUCGCAAGUGUCUUGCCAGUUUGCGCCAAUUUGAAAGCCAUUGAAGAAGGGAAACAGAUGCAUGGACAUAUAAUUAGGAGGGGUUUUCAAUCUGAGGUGUUUGUUGGGAGUGCUCUUGUUGACAUGUAUGCGAAAUGUGGAUGUAUUGAAAUUGCACGUCAAGUGUUUGAUAAAAUGCCUCAACGAAAUGUGGUUUCAUGGACUGCUAUGGUUUCAGGAUAUACACAAAUUGGGGAUAUGGGUAAGGCCAUGGAGUUUUUCCAGAAGAUGCCUGAGAAAAAUGUGUACUCGUGGAGUGUCAUGGUCACUGGAUAUGCUCAUGCAGGAUGUAUUGAAGAUGCAUUGGAACUCUUUCAGAAAAUGCCCAAUAGGAAUGUGGUUUCAUGGAAUGCCAUUAUUGCCGGUUAUGCACAGAGUGGGAAGUUUGAUGAAGCUCUGAAGCUCUUUCGAGAAAUGCAAUUGAGAAAUGUGAGGGCUAACCUUGUGACCUUUGCCAGCGUUCUUCCCGCGUGCGCCAAUUUGGCAGCUCUUUGCAAGGGGAUGGAAAUUCAUGGUAGUGUAGUUAGAAGCAGGCUUCCAUUUGAUGUCUUUGUUUGGAAUACCCUUAUAGACAUGUAUGCUAAAUGUGGUUCCAUAAAACAUGCGUGGCAAUUGUUUGACAAAAUGACUAUGAGAAACGUGGUAUCAUGGACUGCAAUGAUUGUAGGUUAUGCCAUGCAUGGGUUUGGAAAGGAGGCGCUCCAGAUAUUUCAGGAAAUGCAACACUCUGGCACAAAGCCGAACAAAAUUACCUUUGUUGGUGUUCUGUGUGCUUGUUGCCAUGCAGGGCUGGUGGAUGAUGGCUGGAAAUAUUUCAAAUGCAUGACUCAAGAUUAUAACCUUAUUCCUUCUAUCGAGCACUAUUGUUGUAUUGUUGAUCUUCUUGGUCGAGCUGGGCACUUGGUCGAAGCACAAGACUUUAUCAACAACAUGCCAAUUGAGCCCAACGCUGCUAUUUGGGGAUCCUUGCUCGGUGCCUGCAGAACCCAUUCUAAUAUAGAGUUGGGAGAACAUGUAGCCAAACAUCUUUUUGAGUUAGAUCCUGAAAAUGAUGCACACUAUGUGCAGUUGUCAAACAUCUAUGCUGAAGCUGCGAAGUGGGAUGGGGUGGCAAGUGUUAGAAGAUUGAUGAAGGACAGAAGAGUGAAGAAAACUCCAGGGUGCAGCUCGAUUGAGAUUAAUAACAAGGUGCAUGCUUUUGUCACAUGAGAUGAAGCAGUAUAUGAAAAUUUGGGAAGUUGUCUUUCAGAUGAAAGAUGAAUUGAAUGACAAAAUAUAUGCCAUGGAUAAUGAACAGGAAAUUAUUUCUACCAUAGUGAUACCUUAUCAAUAGUGUGUAAGGAUCAUCUAUUAGUUCAGCACUGGUGUUUUGUUUAAUGGUUGAGGGAAGAAUCUGACUGAGCCCGGAGUUUUGGAUCCCCCUUCAUAAGCACAAGGCAAUUCAGCCAUAUAAAGCAGCUCUCUGUUUUAAACAAAGAUGAUUAUACGUACAGAAAAAUGAUAGUCCAGGACCAUUAAGUCACUGGGGAUUGCCAGUUUGCCACAAAGUCCAUUGGCAAGAUGACAAAGAUGUUGUAAAAUUUGUUUCCAUUAUCUUAAUGAUGGCAACCAUUCAUAUGGGACUCAUUGGUUUUUGAAGCUAAACAAACAGUAACAUGAACUCACAUGACAAACAGCUGGGCAUGUUGACAAUCUUACAACCAAAGGCAUGGCCUACUUUAAUGUUUGUGAAGAUCUGUGCCAAGUAUAGCACAAAGAUCUGUGCCAACUAUUAUGUAUGCGAACAAAAACAAAUUGUUGUGUUGCAUUCACAAGAAGAAUAGCAAUUUUAGAAGAUUAUUUUCA